UGCUAUUACACACAUACUGACUCACUCACACACAUACACUCGCGCUCUCGAGCACAUCCACACGCGCUGCCACAGCUCUGCGCGAGCACAGCAGUGCGCUUCAACACGCUUCUCUGUGCGUAUCACCAGUUCCACUCCUGUCUGGCAGUUUGGACAAAACUUGAUGCCUUCUGAGUAUGAUCGAAUGACUUACAAGAGCAAGAAGAUAUCAGAACACUUAAGCUGUGUCCGGAGGGCAGCGUGUUUUAAGAAGACGAUUAAGGGAGAAAUCCCUGCGGAAACCUCUAUCAACCCAUCGGAGACCAAUAAGGCAAUGGAGCGCAAUAACGCACGCAAAUCCGUGACGGCUUCAUAACGGAAUACAGUUGAAGACCUCUAAUUUGUUUUAAAACAGGUUUUGUGACAAAGCAUGACUUUUUAUGAAUACAUGAAAUAGAUCAUGUCAUGCACAGUUUGCAUUUGCUGUGCGCAAUGGGCUCAACAGAACUGCAUUUGAAUAUGAUAUUCUGAGCAUUAUAAAGACAAAAAGGCUUGUUUCUGUGCUUUUCUUAGUCUGAAUUAUCGACAUUUGUUCCUUGAAGAAGAUCACUAGUUGAACACAGGCCACUUCUUCAAGGCAGCACAUUUUGGAAAGAUGGAUUUCUGGAUAUCUCACCAAGGGAUUGCAUUUAUCUUUUGCUUCGUUCUGAAAGUCAGCGCAAAAGAAAUUGAGACAUGUGGAGGCCACCUGGAUGCCAGCGAUGCUGGUUACAUCACAUCUCCAGGAUAUCCCCUGGAAUACCCGCCCCAUCAGAGCUGCCAGUGGGUGAUCAGCGCACCUGAACCCUCACAGCGCAUCGUGCUCAACUUCAACCCCCACUUUGAGCUGGAACGACUGGAUUGCAGGUAUGACUUCAUAGAGAUCCGAGAUGGGAAUUCUGAGUCUGCGGACCUGCUGGGAAAGCACUGCAGUAACAUCGCUCCUCCUGCCAUCAUUUCCUCCGGUCCCGUCAUCCACAUCAAGUUCGUGUCUGAUUAUGCGCACCAGGGUGCUGGAUUCUCCCUGCGCUACGAGAUCUACAAGACUGGAGCCGAGCACUGUUUCCGUAAUUUCAGUGCUCCGACUGGAGUGAUUGAGUCUCCCGGUUUCCCUGACAAGUACCCUCAUAAUUUGGAGUGCUCCUUCAUCAUCAUCGCUCCUCCUCAGACAGAGGUCACACUCACCUUCCAGACCUUUGAUCUGGAAAAUGACCCUUUGCUGAUGGGGGAAGGAGAAUGCAAGUACGACUGGCUGGACGUUUGGGACGGUCUACCACAAGUGGGACCCCUGAUCGGACGAUACUGUGGGACGAAGAUCCCUCCAGAGAUCCAGUCUUCCACAGGUCUUCUGUCGCUUUCCUUCCACACUGACAUGGCUGUGGCCAAAGAUGGUUUCUCUGCCCGCUAUAACAUGACUCACAAGGAAGUUAGUGACACAUUUCACUGCAGCAAUGCGUUUGGAAUGGAGUCUGGUAAGAUCUCUGACGAUCAGAUCUCGGCCUCCACCUCAUUUUAUGAUGGUCGCUGGCAGCCCCGUCAGGCCCGUCUGAACAACGAGGACAACGCCUGGACGCCUGGUGAGGACAGCAACAAGGAAUACAUACAGGUGGAUCUUCAAUUCCUCAAGGUUCUGACCGGGAUCGCUACCCAAGGAGCCAUCUCCAAGGAGACCCUUAAGUCCUACUACGUCACCACCUUCAAACUAGAAGUCAGCACUAAUGGAGAGGACUGGAUGAUGUAUCGGCAUGGCAAAAACCAUAAGAUUUUCCAUGCCAACACUGACCCAUCUGAGGUGGUUUUAAAUCGUAUUCCUCAGCCCGUUCUGGCCCGCUUUGUUCGUAUUCGACCACAGUCGUGGAAUAACGGCAUUGCACUACGCUUUGAGCUUUAUGGUUGCCAGAUUACAGAUGCUCCUUGUUCAGAGCUCCAGGGAAUGCUGUCCGGGCUCCUCCCUGAUUCCCAGAUCUCAGCCUCCUCAGUGAGGGACCUUCACUGGGUCCCUGGAGCGGCACGUCUGGUGGCCAGUAGAUCAGGAUGGUUUCCCGGCCCUGCCCAGCCUAUAGCUGGAGAAGAAUGGCUCCAGGUGGACCUCGGGACACCCAAGACGGUGCGAGGAGUGAUAACCCAAGGAGCGCGUAGCGGGGAGGGAGGAACCAGCUCAGAGAACCGGGCUUUCGUACGGAAGUAUCGCCUAGCACACAGCCUGAAUGGGAAAGACUGGAACUUUGUAAUGGAUAGCAAGACUAGCAUGCCCAAGAUUUUUGAGGGAAACACACAUUAUGACACCCCGGAGCUGAGACGUUUUGAGGAGCUGCCGGCACAGUUCAUCCGCAUCUAUCCAGAGCGCUGGUCUCCGGCAGGGAUCGGAAUGAGAAUGGAAGUCCUGGGCUGCAACCUGCCAGAAACCUCCACACCAGCUGUAGAGACAUCCAAACCAACUCAACCUUCCUCUGUAGAAACCACCACAACACAGAAACCCAGUCCAGUUACCAGCGCUGCCCUGCCGUCUCACAAAGGACUGUGUGAUUUUGAGCAAGGAUUGUGUGGUUGGACCCUUGACCCGGAUUCUGACCUCAGCUGGGCGCUACACAGCUCCAGCAAAAGCACCGCCUUGGGUCAAAGUCAAGAUCUCUCCGUGGGCUCAAACAGUUUGGGAAACUACCUGUACAUUGAGGCCAGUCCUGAGACGCAGGGUCAGAAAGCCAGACUGUUCAGUCCCAGUGUGGAUCCUGACACCGGGCCUCUCUGCCUGAUCUUCUCCUAUCAGCUGGAGGAUCAGGCAACCCUGAGGGUCCUGCUGCAGAACAAACACCAAGAGGAAACCCUCCUCUGGUCCCUCCGUGGAGACCAGGAGCCCAUCUGGAAAGAAGGACGGACCAUCAUACCUCGAUCUCCAAAUGAAUUUCAGGUGGUAAUCGAAGGAUUUUUUGAGGGUACCAAAGGCCACAUUUGGAUCGAUAACAUCCACAUGAGUGUGAACACACCGCUGGAGGAGUGUACUCAGCCUUUUGUCGCGUUCCCUCCGGACAUGACCGUUAAAAAGCCAACGGUUGGAAAUGGGCGUCUCUUUAAUGGGAAAGACCAUAUAAAUGCAGGUUUCCAGUUUCCAGAGUGGAGCACAGCCGAAACGCCAUCAGAGCCUCCGGUGACACAUGUGGUCGAUAAGGACAACGCAUGGCUGUACUCUCUGGACCCCAUUCUCCUGACCAUCAUCGUCAUGAGCUCUCUGGGUGUUCUUCUAGGUGCCGUGUGUGCCGGCCUCCUCCUUUACUGCACCUGCUCAUAUGGCGGCUUGACGUCACGCUCGUCCACCACCUUGGAGAACUACAACUUUGAGUUGUACGACGGGAUUAAGCACAAAGUGAAGCUCAACCAACAGCGCUGCUGCUCUGAGGCUUGAGGAGAACAGAUGGGGAGAUAUCAAGUAUCCUAAAAUGACCUCAAAAUAACCCGAUUUGACUCUUUGAAGAGAUGAGCCUCAUCUCUUAGUAUUCCUGGAAUGCAUGUCCAUCUCAGCUGGAGAGCUCCUAGACCGAACUUCUCCUGGAGCUUAUUUUCCAAGCAGUCAUGCUUACUCAGCUCUAGCGCUGCUGCCAAGGACUUCCUCGUCUUUCACUGGAUUACAUCAAAAAUGGAGCAUUUGGUGCCACAAGGAUUGAAACCCUUUCCAUGGCUCAGCCUCAAAAUAAAUGUUGAUACAUAUCAAUGUUCUGCUAUUCCAAAAAGAUGAGAGUAUAUCAGUUUAGAUUUCUAAGAGGUCUAGUUUUUAAAAUGGGAGAUCUGAGGCUGGACAUUCAAGCCACAAACUUCUUUCCCCCAUCAUUCCCAAAAGUACAUUUUGUGGCCUAGGAUGUGGUGAAUUGUUUUAAAGGCUUUGAUGGAUUUGUUUAAUGUUGCUUUAUUGUUUUUUUCCCUCGCAGAGAAGUUCAGUAGCCCAGGAUGAUUAUACGUCAUCAUUAUUGUGUGUUUACAACCCAUUGCUUUCAGCCCACCAUUUUGUGUUUCUCUUGUCAGUUUGGAAAUGGAAAAGUAAGAUUAAGGAGCGAAGGGUUCGUAGAUUUAGUUUUAGGCACUGUGUGUUUGGUAAAUUUUGUUCUGGAAAAAAGGCAGCACACUUGUUUGAAACGACUAAGGAUUUUGUCAGUGCAACCUAUGGAUUGCUGUAACUGGGAGACAAAGACUGCCAAGCUAAUGUGUGAGCUUUGAGCUAGCAAACAGGCAUUAAAUUAUGUGAAACAAUGGUUGAAAGGCCAACAGAUACUUAAGGGAUGGGUUUGAAAUGCAAUUUCUCUCAUUUUUACUCUGGGCCUUCAAGAAUGCUACAGUUAUUGGCUCAGAGAGGUUCAGGUCCACUGCUUGUAUUUUGUAAAAGGAAAGUUCAUUUUCAAAAACAGUCUAAAAUCUACACCGGUUUGCUGUGCCAGUCAUGUACAGUAUAUCUUGGCUUUUGGGUCAAACAGAUAUUUUUACACAUCAAAAUGAUUGUUUAAAGCAUCUGUACGAGUUAAAAUAGUUUACAUUUGGAUCAAUUUGAAGCAAAAUAAAGUGUAUAGGUAAAUAUUUAAUAUAUUUUUUUCAAAUCCUUUUUGAGAGGCCAAGUUGAGUGUUACAAAACCUGUCAGUGGUGAAAAACAUGAAUUAAGCUUAAAAACUUUAAUAGUUGCUAUUCUUUUAGGUUAUUUUCAAACCGUUUAGGACCUAACACAGAGCCUUGAGGAACACCAGUACUUUCAAAUGUACAUCAUACAGCAGUUCUUUCCUUUGUUUCAUUCUCAAUUGAUUUUUUCCCCUCUUUUACUCAGUUUUAUGUUUCCAUGCUAAGGUUUUAUGUUAACAGGAGACAGGUUUGGUUGUAAAUCUGCUCCCCUGUGGUUUUCAAAGACUGGCAAAAGGUGGAAGACAGAUGCCGUAAAUCUUUACUUACUUGCUCAGAUGGGAUUCCUCACCUUCAUUCAUGCUCAAAAACAGAUUGUGAGUUGGUGGAAGUAAAUGCACCCAAAGCACACUACACCUCUGCAGAAUAAGACACGUUAUGAGAGUCUGGGAUCUUCGAUAUGGAGUUUUGAGACACUGAUAGGUGAGCCUGUAUGUUUCUACUGACCCUGCUCCUUAUCUUCUUGAAGACUCUUGCUACUGGACCCCUGGACUUUUGCAAGUGCCUUGGAGCUACUCUGUUCCAGCCUCGGCUCUGGACCUGAAAAAGACUGCUUUUGAGCUUUUGUCUGUCUUAAACACUCGAAAUACUUGAGAAUCACAGCACUGGGUAGAAUUCCAGUCUCUCUUUGGACACUUUGUACAGAAAUUUUGCUUUUUAUGAUGAUGAUUAUUGUUAUUAUGAUUAUUUAAUAAAGGAUUGUUAACAUACA